CUAGCGCGGCCGGGCUCGGCGGGCGGGCUGUGUGGGGCCGGGAGGGUCCCGGCCAUCCGGCCAUGGCGGGACUGUACUCGCUUGGGGUGAGCGUCUUCUCUGACCAAGGCGGGAGGAAGUACAUGGAGGACGUGACCCAGAUCGUGGUGGAGCCGGAGCCGCCGGCCGAGGAUGAGCUCUCGCUGCGUUCGUCGCCGCCGCUCCCCGGGGACGAGACGGGCCCCGGAGGCGAGGGCCCCUCGGCGGCGGCCCGGGAAGGACCUCGCGAGCCUGCGGGCGGCGCCGGAGCCUCGUCGCCAGCCGCGGGCCGCGUGUAUGUGCGGCGCCGCCGCCGCUCUUCAGUGGCCUUCUUCGCCGUGUGCGACGGUCACGGCGGGCGAGAGGCGGCCCAGUUCGCCCGGGAGCACCUGUGGGGCUUCAUCAAGAAGCAGAAAGGAUUCGGCUCUGCAGAGCCGGCCGAAGUGUGCGCCGCCAUCCGUAAGGGCUUCCUUGCCUGUCACCUGGCCAUGUGGAAGAAACUGGCAGAAUGGCCUAAGACUAUGACCGGCCUCCCCAGCACAUCGGGCACAACUGCAAGCGUGGUUAUCAUCCGAGGCACAAAGAUGUAUGUAGCUCAUGUGGGAGACUCAGGAGUGGUCCUUGGAGUUCAGGAUGACCCAAAGGAUGAUUUUGUAAGAGCUGUGGAAGUGACACAGGACCACAAACCUGAACUUCCUAAAGAAAGAGAAAGGAUUGAAGGACUUGGUGGGAGCGUGAUCAACAAAUCUGGGGUUAACCGUGUUGUUUGGAAACGACCUCGACUUACUCAUAAUGGUCCUGUUAGAAGAAGCACAGUUAUUGACCAGAUACCCUUCCUGGCAGUUGCAAGAGCACUUGGUGACUUGUGGAGUUAUGAUUUUUACACUGGAGAGUUUGUGGUGUCCCCAGAACCAGACACAAGUGUACAUACUCUUGAUCCCCGGAAACACAAGUAUAUAAUCUUGGGCAGUGAUGGACUUUGGAACAUGAUUCCUCCUCAGGAUGCCAUUGCGAUGUGCCAGGACCAAGAGGAGAAAAAGUACUUGAUGGGGGAACAUGGGCAAUCUUGUGCCAAAAUGCUUGUUAAUAAAGCACUAGGUCGCUGGCGACAGCGCAUGCUCCGUGCAGAUAAUACUAGUGCAAUAGUCAUCUGCAUCUCACCUGGAGUGGACAAUCAAGGCAACUUCACAUGUGAAGAUGAACUUUAUCUAAAUCUGGCAGACAGUCCCUCAUAUAAUAGUCAGGAAACUUUAACAAUGUCUUCUUCCACCUGUUCCACACCACCAGUCAAGUUUUUGGAAGAGGAUGCAUGGCCACGACUGAGCUCUAAGGACCAUAUCCCUGCCCUUGUUCGCAGUAAUGCCUUCUCAGAGAAAUAUUUAGAGUUACCAACUGAGAGAGCUCGGGGUGGUGUCCAGUCUGUAGCAGUAUCUUCAAAGGACCCAGAGGCAUUAGAGGAAAACUACUCGAAAGGCCUGACUUUGAGGAUACAUGAUUCUUUAAAUAACAGCAACAGCCUGACAGUUGGCCUUUCCUCUUCUAAUUCAGCAAACCCCAGCGUGGACCAAAAAAACUUAAAGAAAUCAACUCCUGGCCAAAUGAAAGCUCAAGAAGUUGAGAGGACCCCUCCAGCUAACUUUAAAAGGACACUGGAAGAAUCCAACUCCGGACCAGCUAUGAAGAAGCCCAGACGAAGUGGCCUAAACCGGAGCAGUGGUUCUUCAUCAGAGGGUCUUUCCUCAACCCCUCAACGUAAAAACUCGGUGAAGCUUGCUAUGCGCCGCAGUCUUAGGGGCCAGAAGAAACUUGGAAAUCCUUUGUUGCACCAGCACCGGAAAACUGUUUGUGUUUGUUGAAGGGUAUGCUGCCCAUCUUAAAACAAGAGAAAGAUUUUUUUUAACAUUGGUACACAAGUCAAACAUUUAAAAAAGAAAGUAGAAAGCCUUUUGUUUCUUGGUAUUCAAAUAGCUUUAUAUCUUGGCCUUGUACUCACUUGUAUUAUAAUUGUGAAUUUUGUAGAUGUUAGGGUAUGAGUUGCUGUAAAAUGUGUGUAAAUUUGUAUCCUUCAUACAAACUCAGUCCUUGAAUAAAGUAAUUAUGACAACAGGGCUAAACGUCUUUAAAAAAUGAAAAUAAAAAUAAUUAGAUUUUAGAAAUCUGUUUAAUCUUUUUAAAAGCUUAUUAAUGAACUGAAUUUGUAUAAAUUACUUGUGAUGAGAAUUUCACAACUUUUUAACUAAAUUAUUCAGCAGACUGGAAAAGUGAUGUAUUUUCAUAGUGACUUAAGUUCCACUCAAACAAUAUCUCUUAGAGAAUUCCUCUUUAAAAUUUAUUUUUUGACUUUAGAUUUCCUAAGUGAAAAUUUAAACUUAGUGGAAGCAGUUGAGCCAUGCAAUAGCUUGAUGUUAGGUUAUUCAUCCUAAUUAAAAUACUAUGCAGUAUCUCUUCUUAUUGUUUAAUUAUUCUGACACAUGAAUCAUCAAAUGAUCAAAAGGUGUAUGUGUGUGUGGGGUAAAAUUAACUUCUCUAUUACCCUAAAUUUUCAAUGCCAUGAUUAUCAAGUCUUAAGUAGUUUUUUCAUUAUAUCUUAAAAAGGAUAUGACAUUUUAAAGUCUUUUCCCAAAUAACUGAUGAUGCUGCUAACUUUCAACAUACUCAUUGGCUAUAUGGACACUGAAUGUUCAUCUAAUAAACCAGUGUACUGUU